CGGGCGGUGGCUUGUCGGCGAGUGUCACGGUACUGUUCUAAAACAGGGCCACUACGCAUGCGCGAUUCCCCUAUCGCUUCGCUCUCGUCCCCGCGCGUCGCUCUGCUGUAAUAUUACCGUCGUUCUCCCCACCAGCCGUCUCCGAGCGUAUCCCCACUCCGUCCUUUCCUAAUCCCCGUGUACCCUUCGCGCCAGCCGCGUCAGUUGCGCGAGAGCCUUUAGUGGGGGAGGUGCUCUUCAGCACUCGCCGUGCGUAGCACCCUCUCCUCUCUCUCUUAUUAAUCACUGCCAUUAGUAUUAAUAUAAAGUAGUAUAUCUUCGCGGCCGCAAGCUCCGAUCCGGCGUGCAAGUCGCGAAUCCGAACGGUGACGAACCAAUUUCGCGUAAAUUCGACUCGGUGGUUAUUGGCCGCACGGAUCGAGCCCAGCGCGAGUGUGUCGCGGACGAAACCCGUAAGUGUUCGUUUCGCACCGUGGAAGAAGCGAGGUGAACCUUUCGGUGGACCCGCACCGUUGUGUUCCAAGUGCUCCGCUUCUCGCGGCGGAGCUCACGGUCGCGUCCCUUUCGUGUCGACGAACAGUGCAAUCCACGUCUCUCCCGUGUCAGCUUCGUUUUGUGCAUCGACACGUUUACUCGGCUGCCGUGUCCCGACGGCCUUGUUCCUCUAUCGGCUGCUCUCCUCGGGUGCGCGUUAAAGAUACACGUAUCGUUAAUAUGUCGCGCACGACGUGACCGAGGGGCGACGUCUGGGGAUUCUGUGCGCGUGAUAUAUUCCAACGAGGAAGUCGGGGUGAACUUGUGUGCACCGUGUGUGAUAUUCUGGGUUCAUCCAGCGUCCUCUCCCCCGUUCUCAACGAGCCUCCAGCGAGCCGUGCGCGUCAGCCUUUCGAGCGUACACGCUGCGGCGUCUUCCUGGCGCUGAUUGAGGUUUAAAUUCCACCGGACCUUGGGCGAUUUAAAUGGGCCGUGAAAGCAUUCCAGCAGGUGCUAUGGGUGGAGCCAGGAUUUCCACGAGCCUGCGAGGUUCACCUACGGCUCGGCUUGAUGCUGAAGGUCCACGCUGACUUUGACGCCGCCCUGAAGCACCUGACGCUCGCUCUGAUCGAUGCCACGACACCUGCUUCCUUUUCCAAGCUCGAGAUCAAGUUUCACAUAGCCCACCUGUACGAAGUUCAAGGGAAGUAUCGCCUGGCCAAGGAGAAUUACGAGGCGCUGCUUAAGGAGAAAGCUCUGCCCUCUCAUUUGAAGGCUGACAUUUGCCGCCAGUUAGGAUGGAUGUACCACGUUGUUGACUGUACCGUGCUGGGUAUAACGAGACAGCAGAAGCAGGCGAUCGCUAUUCACUGCCUGCAAAAGUCCAUCGAGGCGGAACCGAAGAGCGGGCAAAGCCUUUACCUGCUGGGCCGUUGCCUCGCCGCUUCUGGAAAAGUUCACGAUGCAUUUAUCGCUUACAGAAAUUCCGUGGAAAAGUCCGAAGGGAAUGCCGACACGUGGUGCAGCAUAGGCGUUCUGUACCAGCAGCAGAAUCAGCCUAUGGACGCGCUGCAAGCCUAUAUAUGCGCGGUACAAUUAGAAAAAUCCCACUCGGCUGCUUGGACUAAUCUGGGCAUUUUGUACGAAAGCGUUAGCCAACCUAAAGACGCCCUGGCUUGUUACGUGAACGCGUCCAGGGGUAACAACAAUACUCCAAAUUGCACGGGCUCACUGGCGGGCCUGGGUGGCGCCAAGUCUGGUGGCAACACCCCGAUGAACCCAUCUCUCCAACAGAGGAUAAACUUCCUGCAGAGUCACCUGAGCCAAGCACCGAUGCCUUCCGUCGCUACCAAGAGGCGGCAGUUGCCGUCUAUAGAGGAGGCUUGGAAUUUGCCCAUCAGCGCUGAGAUGUCUAGUAGGCAGCAGCAGCAGCAACAACCACCCACCGGACCAGGCUACAAGUAUGGUACUACGCCUUCUGGACCGCCACCCCCUUAUCCCCAAGGACAGGGACAAAAUCUCAACACGAAAAGAUUCAAGCCAGGGGAAGAACCAAUCUCUCCAAGCACGCAACAAAGGCCACCGCCAUUUUACUUGUCGUCCCAGCAGCUCCAGAUGCUGCAGUUUCUCCAACAGAAUCAUGGAAGUCUGACGCCUCAACAGCAGGGACUGCUUGCCCAGUUACAGCACCAGUAUAGGUCAAUGCAACAGCAUCAGCAGCAGAUCAGGUUGCAACAACAGCAAGCUACGCAGAGAGGCCUGAGGCCUGGACAACCUGGCUAUCCGACUGGAUACAAUCACGCGCAGCUGGGACAGCCCGGUGUCAUUAAAAACUAUGGGAUACCCCAACAACCGUUGCAGCAAGGUGGAACCGUGGCGUUGCAAACAGGCUUCUCAGACUCCAACGUUGGUUAUAACACAGCCGCAACUGGGAACAGCCAGACGCCAGGAAUGCCUUACAAGUCUGCCUCCGAUUCGAGUUUUUCACAGAGGCAACUGGCGUCCGGCCAGUACAACCAAUACCAGCCUAAUCAGUACAGCGCCCAAGGUUACACUCAGAUAUCAUCGACCACCAGCAACUACCCGGAAGGUUCCGCGGGGAACAAAGAUCUAGGAGUGACGGAUCAAGAAUUGCAAGCUCUUUUGUCGCAGAAGGACAUCGCGACGACAUUGGCGGAAGACCUACUGAAACACUUUGGCUCCGAAGAUUUGGACGUGAAGGAGGAAGCGCCAAGUAUCAUGAACAAUGGCACCCUGAGCUCUGGUCCGUUCUCGCCGUCGAACUUGGAGGAAAGUAACGAGAAAAUCAAAGAGGUGAAGCUGGAGAAGAUGGACGAUAGCCAACCGUCGUCCACGUCGAAGCUGGAGACGUACGAGAAGUCGAAGACUCCGACCCAGACGGUAGAGACGGUAAAAUGCGAGGCGACGUCGAGUACAAAUAAAAGUGAACCGACCGCUCGAAUCGAGCCGGUUCUCAAAUUGGAAAGCUUGUGCGAAUCGCAGCCCGAUCAAGAGCUCAGCAUAGAGAUGGAGUCUAAAUGCGUGAUCGAUGCGUGCAAGGGUCAAGGGUUGAAAGGUGUACCGAACUGCUCGAUACUUAGCGAUCGUUCGCCACCCCCAGCACCGCCUGAUCCACCCAGCCAGAGGCUAACCAAGGAACAACUCUUACCUCCGACACCUAGCGUUUACUUAGAGAACAAGAAGGACGCGUUUAGUCCACAGCUCCAAGAGUUCUGUUUGAAGCACCCGAUAGCUGUGAUCCGAGGUCUUGCAGCCGCUCUGAAGCUAGACCUUGGCCUGUUCUCGACGAAGACGCUGGUGGAGGCCAAUCCCGACCACGGGAUCGAAGUCAGGACGCAAAUGCAGCAAACCAGCGACGAGAACUGGGACCCUGUGAUGGGGAGGAAAGUUUGGGGUUGCAUAAGUCAUAGAAGUCACACGACCAUUGCGAAAUACGCGCAAUACCAAGCAUCGAGCUUUCAGGAAAGCUUGAAAGAGGAGAGGGAAAAGGCUCAAGGUAUACACACUUCAAAUUUAUCCGAUUCAGAUUCCAAGGACAGCACUGGUGCUGUCAGAAGGAAGAAAAACGCGUUCGGUUUGGCGGGGAGACCGGGUUCAAAGAUGCUGCGAUUUGGGACCAAUGUAGAUUUAUCGGACGAAAGGAAAUGGAAACCGCAGCUUCAAGAGCUGAUGAAACUGCCAGCGUUCGCCAGAGUUGUUUCGGCUGGGAAUAUGCUCAGUCACGUUGGCCAUGUUAUUUUAGGCAUGAAUACUGUUCAGCUGUACAUGAAGGUACCCGGUAGCAGGACACCUGGACACCAAGAGAAUAACAACUUUUGUUCCAUUAAUAUCAACAUCGGGCCUGGAGAUUGCGAAUGGUUCGCAGUACCUGACGCAUACUGGGGCGUAAUUUGUACUCUUUGCGAGCGGAAUAACAUCAAUUACCUUCAUGGUAGUUGGUGGCCUUCUUUAGAAGACUUGUACGAGGAAAAUAUUCCUGUGUACAGGUUUCUACAAAGGCCAGGCGAUCUUGUCUGGGUCAAUGCAGGUUGCGUACAUUGGGUUCAAGCCGUUGGUUGGUGUAAUAACAUCGCAUGGAACGUAGGUCCUUUGACAGCUCGUCAAUACCAAUUGGCAAUCGAACGUUACGAGUGGAACAAGUUGCAGUCGUUCAAAUCCAUUGUACCGAUGGUACACUUAUCCUGGAAUUUAGCUCGAAAUAUCAAAGUGUCGGAUCCUAGACUAUUCGAACUAAUUAAAAAUUGUCUGCUAAGGACAAUGAGGCAGUGCUGCUUAAUACUAGAAUUUGUGAAAAGUAAGGGCGUAGAAGUUCGAUUUCAUGGACGAGGGAAGAACGAAGCGUCACAUUAUUGUGGACAAUGCGAGAUUGAAGUGUUCAAUAUCUUGUUCAUAAGGGAGCAAGAGAAACGACACGUAGUACACUGCAUGGAUUGUGCACGAAAGCAAUCUCCAUCCCUCGAAGGAUUCGUAUGCCUAGAAGAAUACAGAAUGCGCGAUUUAAUGGACGUUUACGAUGGAUUUACUCUGCACACGUCCCUAACCACUCCCUCGUCGGCUCAGUCUAGCCAGUCCUCCUGAGGAUACAUGCAACACAGAUAUUUGGACUUCUUGGGCACUCUGCAGUGACUUUGUUAGUUCAUUGUCUGUGUUCGAAAAAGGAACUUUACGAUAAGCAUUAUUCAGGUACCUGAGAGCUACUAUAAAAAAAAAAUGGGGAGAGGGAGAGUGAGAGAGAGAGA